UUGGCGCUAAUGGUCGUCAACAUGGCUUUGCACGUGGAAGCUUCCGAUGAUGAAACAAGUGAUUAUUCAAGCGAUGAGGACUCCGAUUUAGAGUUAAAAAGAGCUUUCAAAGAGGGUCGUUUGAAACCGGGACUCAACAUCGCUACUAACAAGCCUGCAGAACUAAUCAACGAUGUGGCCGGUAUGAAAUUGGCAUUGACUGAAUUAGCUGAACCUCAUUUACCUUGGGUGGAAAGAUUGGAUAGUACAAAUGAACCAGCAGCAGCCCCCACUGGGAUGCAUCUUGAACAAGAGAGUUCAGCUGACAGUGUUGUGGAAGACGACUUCAAACGGGAAUUACUCUUUUAUCGACAAGCUCAGUCAACAGUUUUAGACAGUUUAUCAAAAUUAAAGAAACUAGGGAUUGCUACGAAAAGACCAGAAGAUUAUUUUGCACAAAUGGCUAAGACAGAUAUCCACAUGAAGAAAGUACGAGAAAAACUACUGUCAAAGGAACAAGAAAUGGAUAGGAGAGAAAAGGCCAGGAAGCUUAGAGAUUUGAGAAAGUUUGGUAAAAAGGUACAAGUUGAGGUGCUUCAAAAGAGACAAAAAGAAAAGAGGGAGAUGUUGGAUGCUGUAAAGAAAUUUAGGAAAGGUCAGCAGGAUAAACUGGAUUUUCUUGAUGAUGACACUCAAACUGGUGGGAAGAAGAAGAAGGAUCAAGGGCCAAACAAGAAGCGACAACUAAAGAAUAAGAAAUUUGGUUUUGGUGGCCAAAAGAAACGUGGAAAAUACAACACAGCAACAAGUGCUGCUUCGAUGAGUGACUUUAGUAUCAAGAAAAACCAAGGAAGACCCGGUCAGAAGAAUAAAAAAGGAAACAAGAAUAAACCCAACAAAAGACCAGGAAAGGGAAGGAGACAGAAAAUGAACAGUAAAAGAUAAUGUUUCUGACAUC